AUGGCAUCACGGUAUAGUCGCCACCUCUCGUCAGGCUCGCCUCUGAGAGCUAGGCCUGGGGUAAUCUCGCGCAGGAUAAAGCGAGCUAACAAAACCGCCAGAUUUCCCCGACAACGUCCCUCGAACCUCUUCGACUCGUACGGUGGCGACUCCCGGCCCUCCAGCAGGUCGCCCGCACCGGCCGGAGGAUAUGGAUACGGGGGCUACUCCAGUCCUGCUGGGAGUAGCUACGGUAAUGGAAAUGCCGCAGGGCCUACAUUUCGAAGCGCGACACCUGAUAAGAAGGGCCACUACUCCGACGCCGUCCUUUCAUCACUUGAGUCACAAAACGAUGCAGAGGUAGAAGGGAUCACCUCAAAGGUGAAGAUGCUGAAAGACCUUACACUUGCCAUUGGCGACGAAAUCCGAGACACAGCACACAUGAACGAGCUCGAGAGUUCAUUCGAGGGCACGCGGGUGCGGAUCCGCGGAAACAUGAAGCGUAUGCUUCGCAUGGCUGAAAGGACUGGUGUCGGGUGGAAGGUCUGGCUUGGAUUCUUCCUCGCCGUCUUCCUUAUUUUCUUCUACGUGUGGCUCUUCUGA